AUGGCACCCUCAAAGACCACUACUACUGCUCUUGCUGCUAAACCUGUGAAGUUUUACGUUGAUUUCUCAAAACCGGCUGGUGAUGGAGUUUUCGAUGGACCUGCUUUUGAAAAGUUCCUUCACGAUCGAAUCAAAGUUGAUGGACGUGCUGGACAACUAGGUGAUAAGAUCAAGAUUGAAACUGAGGGUACCUACAAACUCUCUGUUUCUUCUACUAUCCCUUUCUCUAAGAGAUACCUUAAAUACUUGACCAAGAAGUUCCUCAAGAAGCACCAAAUCCGAAAUUACAUUCGGGUCAUUGCCUCUAGCAAGAACACUUAUGAACUCAAGUACUUCUUAGCUGACCAAGAUGACGAAGCAGAUGAGGAAUAG